AUGGACAGCGUAAUUGGCUCGAUAUACCUCGCCUUUUACUUGGAAAAAAAUAAUGAUCUGGGUAAAAAGUAUUACAUUCCCACAUUGAACUUUGAGAAGGAGGAUCUCCCAUUGCGCAACGAUGUGGCAAAACUUCUUUCGCUACAUGGGGUAGCUACAGAGAAUGUUUUUUCGGUUAUAGGACGUCCAGGGAUGCCUGACUAUAUUGAUCUGCAGAAAGUAGCACCAGAGGUUAUUCUCUACGAUCACAACAAGCUAAUUUCUUCUCAAAGCUUUUUGAGUGACAGAGUCAUUGGUGUUAUUGAUCACCAUGCCGACGAGAAGCUUUACAUGGAUCAAACCAUCUCUUUUCGCAGGAUAGAAACAGCAGGCUCGGCGUGUACCCUUGUUGCGGAGCUCUUCCGUGAGGCUGAACUAAGGGUUCCCUGUGCGGAGCUGCUGCUGGCUCCGAUCGUCUUGGACACUGUAAACUAUAACCCUUCACAGAAGAAAGUCACUGACAGGGACAUACAAGCAACCCAGUGGCUCUUGGAACAGACUACCACUUCGAUCGACCUGACGAAUUUGUUUUCGGAGUUGUCGGCCUGGAAAACCGAUGUUCUUGGCCUCAGUGUUUCUCAACACCUUCGUCGAGAUUACAAAAACUUCGAAUUCCCCUUCAAGGAAAGCAACGCAGGUUCCUUGCAGAUUGGUAUCAGCAGUAUUUCGUGUCGAAUUGAUGAGGUUCUCGCUUCACGUUCCAUGGAAGAGUUUAUGUCAAAUUGCUUGGAGUUUUUGACAUUAAGGAAGCUGGAUGUGCUUCUCCUUGCUUUUGCUGGCGUGCGGGGUCCUGGAAAUUAUUGUCGCCAAAUCGCCUUCCUUGCAAGAGGUAUGCCUUUUCAGGCUCUCAAAGACUAUGCCGGAAGUUCUCCAGAUAAUGUUGUUUUUACCCUUCUGUCAACCACGCAAAGCAAAGAAUGGACCUUAUUGUCUUAUGAGUUAAGUGAUCCUUCUGUAUCACGUAAGAAGCUCGCACCGUCUUUGGGUAGGUUCCUUUCAUCAUGGUCAAAGUUGUGA